AUGGGAUUCAAACUUCAAGCCGCCGGUCCAGGGGCGAUUGUCUCUAUCGUCUUGUUAAGUAUCAUCGUAGCAAUCCGAAUCACCGGAUUCAUUGCCCUACAGUACGGUCGCUGGAAGUACCAGCACUAUAAUGGACGCCUAAAUGGAUCAAACAAGAUUUCCGUAAUCUUGACAAUCAGUGACUCGAAAGAUCGAAAUCUGGUCGACUAUGUUCGGACUAUCCUUAAGAACAAACCUGAGCAGCUCCUGAUAACUACUAGCAACAGGAAGGCUCAGCACCGGGUAGACGGUAAGUUGAAAGGGUUGAGAUUUGCGUACUCUGAUACAAAGAUUAGUGUUGGUGCUGUCAACGAGCCGAAUAGACGUCGUGAGAUUGACCACGCUUUGGCCUCAAUUGACACUCCGUUUACUGUUCUGACUGAUCAGGGAGUUUAUUGGCCUGAGGGAUUCCUCAAAUCGGCAAUGAUUCCCUUUGCAAGUCAUCGUGUUGGCUGCGUCACAGUUCCGAUGAUGGCACGCAAGCGAGAUGGGAUCUGGGGCUCGUUCUGGACAUGUCUCUUCUCGUGCUACUACUCCCUCAUGGCGGAGAGGAAUAGGGCUCUUAACGCUCUCGAUUCCUCUAUACUUUUCACAGGAUCGCCUAUCAUAUUCCGUACCAAGUUGACUGCCCAGCCAAGAUUCAAGCAGCAGUUCGAGGUUGAGCCGUGCUUGAACCGACGGCAUGGUGUCCACAAAGCAGAUGAGUAUCUGUUCUUCAACCGAUACUUGCUUCAAGAAGAGGCUCCGCGCGAAGAACCUUGUCUUGUUGUGUUCCAAGACACUCCGGAAGCUACAGUUGUAGUAGACCGACCAACCAUCGCCGAGUUCAUCAGUGAGUACCUUCAGAUGACUCGCAAUCUUUGGCGGCUUAGCCGUGUGAUGAUUCGUCGGAAGGAGCGCAACCAGUACCCCUGUGCCUUUUUACUGACGCAUCUCAGCAGUUUUGUGUCGUUUCCUCUGAUGUACGAGAUUCUCUUCUUUCUUCUCGUACACUUCACAAUCCAUCUUGGCGACGACGAGUGGGCGGCUUGGAUCAUAUUUGGAUAUUCACUUGCCUUCUUCCUGACGGUUGUGGGGUCACAGAUAUUCAGGCGUUUCGUUGUAGGCGGCGGCUACGGCUUUGGCAUAGUGACACCUAUCAUGGCUGUUUUGGUAUGUUACCCAGCCUACUAUAUCCUUGGGCUCCUCAGGCUUGUGGCAUUGGCCACCGCAUGGAAGGCCGACGUUGAACUAAUCAAUGAGGAUGAAAUUAAAGUGAGAGUGGGCGACCCUGAAGCUCUGCGAUAUUCCGUUCACGGCGCUGAGGAGGCUCGAGCGGACAUCGACGAACCGCCGUGGAUAUCGGGAUGUAUGGAGUUGGAGAGACCCUGGCGUGCGCUUCGACCACUAUCCGAUUUCCAGCUGUACACCAUUGAGGAAUAG